AUGAGACAGGAUGUUGUAACCUUCGUCGUACGGACGGUCAGUGGACACAACGACACCUCAAGGGCUUUCUUUUGCAAAUGUAGGCCCGAGGGCGUGCAGAAGGUAAUAACGUUUCUCCUCGCACAGUGUGAUCGCAAAGCCCCUCCGUCUCCACUUCCUUUUGUGUGUCCCUGCCAAAGAAAAGUAGCCAUGCUGAAUGGGCAGUCUUACAUUUCGUAUUCUUUGAUUAGUUUAUAUUUCUUCCCAGCAGUCCUCAUUCCUACCCACCCCGGUUGCCGCACUCUUCUUCUCAACCUUCUCAUUCGUUCAGAGUUAACCGACAUUAUCCACAUGUUCUCUUCUGGUCAGAACUUUCUGCCUAUUUCCGUUUCUUUGAUUCUUCUCCAUCGUAUUCAAUUUAUCUAUCUAUCUAUCUAUCUAUCUAUCUAUCUAUCUAUCUAUCUAAAUAUUUUCCUUGUCUGUCUAUCUUUCUCUCUAUCUAUCUCAAACUGUUCCUUAUCUAUCUAUGUAACUAUCUAUCUAUCUGAAACUUUUCCUUAUUUAACUAUCUAUCUGAAAAUUUUCCUUAUGUAA